CACGGGCAGACUGUUAGCCCCACCCCCUGCGCCAUAAGGAGGCGGUGCAAAGACGAUGAGGUAAUCGGGGUAAACAGUAAAAAUGGCGACGUCUGUCAGCCGAGAGGAGCAGCUAACCCUCAACGGGACCGUUCCCGAGCCCCACACGAAAAAACUGACAGACCUCCCGACCGAGCUGCUCGAGUACAUCCUGUGCUUUCCCGCCCUCAAGCACGUGGACGUCUGUAACGUCUCCUGCUGCUGCAAGCGGCUCCACGACGUCUGCCAUGGAAGUGGGAAGGUUUGGGGCAACCAAUACAAACUCAGAUGGCCACGACUGCAGAGGUUUUACCGUCAGAAUGAGAGCUGCGAUUGGCUCCGAGAGUACAAAACACGCCACAGAGUGGGAAUACAAAUCCGAAGAACCGUGGAGUCCAUCUCGAAGAGGUUCUUCACAGAAGUUCCGUGCGUGGGCCAGGUGCUGGGGGACAGCUUUGCAGAGAUCGAGUCCCUCGGGAUGCCGGGUCACUUCUGUGAAGACGAGCUGCUCUUCAUACUGAACUCUGAUAAAAGGAAAAACCUUACGUUAAAAUACUAUGCAAAGAAAAUUCUUUACUUCCUGCGGCAGCAGAACAUCCUGAGGAGUCUGAAGAGCUUCCUGGAGCAGCCUGCAGAGCAGCAGUUAGCCCUGGAAGGAGCCGUUCUCGUGGAUCAGUACUGCAACCCGCUGGCUGACGUCACGCUGGACAGCAUCUCCCUGCAGCUGGAUGAGAUCAGAGAAAAAGUCAAAAAGAUGCUGCGGAUCAAGAACCCCUCCCAUCCCAGCCUGCGCGCGCUCCCAGGUGACCGCGUCCUGGAGGACCUGGAGCUGCAGAGGCAGGUGCUGUGCGCCCUCAACACUGUUCUAUACGAGCAGCUGCAAUACAAAGGCAACGAGUGCGACUACUACAACCCGCUCAACUCCUACAUCCACCAGGUGCUACUUCGCCGUACGGGCAUUCCCAUAAGCCUCUCUGUUCUCUACAUGACGCUGGCUUGGAGGCUGGGGGUUCAGCUGGAGCCCGUCAACUUCCCCAACCACUUCCUGCUGCGCUGGAGCCAGAGGCCGAGAGGCAGUCAGGACAUCUACGACUUUGUCUACAUUGACGCCUUUGGCAAAGGAAAGCAGCUCACAGCCAAAGAGUGCGAGUACCUGAUCGGCCACCAGGUGACGGCAGAUUACUACAGCUCCAUCAGCACCACCGAGGUGCUGCUCCGGAUGGUGGGGAACCUGCUGAACAUCGGCAAGAGGGGGGAGGGAAACGAGAAAUCCUACCAGCUGCUGAGGGACUCGCUGGACCUCUACCUCACCAUCAACCCCGACAACGUGCAGUAUUUGCUGCUGCAGGCGCGCCUCUACUUCCACCUGGGAAUCUGGCCGGAGAAGGUUCUGGACAUCCUGCAGCACAUUCAGGCGCUGGAUCCCUCGCAGCACGGGGCGGUGGGCUACCUGGUGCAGCACACGCUGGAGCACAUCCAGCACAAGAAGCACCCGGUCACCCCCGAGGUGAAGAGGCGCGGCGCCCCGGAGCACCUGGAGGUCCAGUACUCGGUCGGCCUCAUCAUGAAACACAAGAGGUCGGGUUACAACUGUGUGAUCUACGGCUGGGACCCCAAAUGCACCAUGAGCCAGGAGUGGAUCACCACCAUGAGGGUCCACCAGCUGUCCAGCGGAGCCAACCAGCCGUUCUACAACGUUCUUGUGCAGGACGGCACGUGUCGCUACGCCGCACAAGAGAACCUGGAGCCACAUUCGUCUCCGCUGGAGAUCGGCCACCCAGAGGUGGGCCGCUACUUCUCCGAGUUUGCUGAAACUCACUAUGUUGCCAACGAGGAGCUGCAGACGCGGUACCCAGAGGACACGGGGGAGACCCUGGGCGCCGUGCAGGAGCUCUAUCACAGACUGAGCCCCGCCCCCGAGAGCCAAACCGAGGCUGCCGCCGCCGCCGCCCGGAACAGCCACUGAGCCAUGACCACGCAGCCGCCUCGCCUCCAACUUCCUGUCCUAGCGUUGCUAAUCGAUACCAGGUCCAGUGUUAGAGAUCGUCUGCAUUGUUUGUUCAAAAGAAGAGAAGAUUGUUGCCAUUUUUUUGCUCUGAAACUUCCACGCUGUAGUUGCUGUUAGAACAAAUCUUACCGUGCAUGAUGCUCAUCAGCCUUUUAGGAAUCCAGUCAGUGACUUUGGGGCAAAAAAAGGGAAAAAACCCAAAGAAAACUUCCAAAAACGACGUUUUUCAAGACGAACAUCCAGGUGCUGAAGAUCCACUGAAACCAUCUGCUCCUCCGCCCCUCAUCCUGAACCCGGCGCCACAGAAAUGGACUUUCAUUUUCCAUCUUUGAACAGUUUCAGGUCUUCAACAUUCCUAGAGUAUUUUCACUUUAAUUUGUGUAUAUUUGCAUCACAAGUGAGACGUGUACGAUGCCACCAUGACCCAUGUGUCUUUUAAUAACCAACGGGAAACUUGAAACUAUAAAACAGCACUUGGAGAAAAGAAAAAUAAAGAGUUUCAAGUUUUAAAA